GUGGCACUGAGGCAGCUAUAAGAGGGGCAGGCAGGCAUGGAGCCCCGGAGGAAUCCCCGCGCCAGCAGCUGCAAGGCCCAAGAAGAUCCCAGAAAGGAAAAUGUGCUGGAGACCCCUGUGCCGCUUCCUGUGGCUUUGGUCCUAUCUGUCCUAUGUUCAAGCUGUGCCUAUCCAGAAAGUCCAGGAUGACACCAAAACCCUCAUCAAGACCAUUGUCACCAGGAUCAAUGACAUUUCGCACACGCAGUCGGUAUCCGCCAAGCAGAGGGUCACCGGUUUGGACUUCAUUCCUGGGCUCCACCCCAUCCUGAGUUUGUCUAAGAUGGAGCAGACUCUGGCAGUCUACCAACAGAUCCUCUCCAGCCUGCCUUCCCGAAAUGUGGUGCAAAUAUCUAACGACCUGGAGAACCUCCGAGACCUUCUCCAUCUGCUGGCCUCUUCCAAGAGCUGUUCCCUGCCUCAGACCAGUGACCUGCAGAAGCUAGAGAGCCUGGAUGGCGUCCUGGAAGCCUCACUCUACUCCACAGAGGUGGUGGCUCUGAGCAGGCUGCAGGGCUCUCUGCAGGACAUUCUGCGACAAUUGGACCUUAGCCCCGAAUGCUGAGGUUUCAAGGACCACCAAUCUCCCAAGGAUUGUGUUGAGGGAAGAAACCUUGGCUUCCAGGUGUCUCUGGGAGAGGAGAGCCGUGUGUGCACACCCCUCAUCCAGGACUCUGUCCAUUUCUCUCGCUCACUCCUCUAGGUCACUCUUCGGAAGGCAUGACUCCACAAUGCUUGACUAAAGAUAGACACACGAUUCCACGAGCACUAGGAGGAGGGCCAGUCUGCAGAGCUGAUUCUCACCCAGUUCUUCAGCAAGUAUAGAUAA